AGCUAUCAUCGUCUCUAGGCGUUGCGUAAAACUGUACAAAUGACGCAGGGACCAAGACCGUCAUGGAGUUGAUCGAGGCGUUCAACACGCAAGAAGUCGAGCAUUUUGCCAAGAUCCAGUAUGUGAACCAGCUUGCUGACGACAUCGAGACGCAUCGGACGCAAUGCUCCAAGCUCCGCGAAGAAAUUGGCAAGAUGAAACUGCGCAACGAUGCCGUCGACGUCCAAAAACUACACCGCACGAAAACACUCAAGUCCCGAAAAGAGAGGUCGCAAGAGCAAGAAGCCCACUUGGUGGAAAAGACCAACGAAAUCCAACACACGAUGUCGAUUCUCAAGCCAGCGCUCAUGGCGCUCCACGUGCGCAUCGGCUGCAAAGAGAACCAAGAUGAAAAGAGCUUGCGAGGCAUCCUCGGAGAAGUCGAGCACAAGAUGGCCGAGAUCAUUUACACCAUGCACGCAAAAGCAGCGCGGAAACAUGCGAUGCCGGAAGUCGCGGCCUCGCCGUCGCUCAUGAACGGCACGAAUUCAAUCCCGAGUACGUCAGACCCGUCCAUACUCGGCAAGACCGAACAGCCAUAUCGAUACAUGGGCGUGCGACCUCCAACUUUGACGUUGACGGAGAUGCACAAGAAGGAGAACGCGGAAGAAGAGUACCCCCUCACCUACGACGAACUCAAGGCCAAGGUGUGGCGCAGUGGCAAAGAGAAUGGCGCGACCGACAGCGCCAAGGGACCAUAACGUGGCGAUCUUUACUCCAUCGCACCACGUGAUUGCUUUGCUUUCAAGUUUCAGGGUCUACAGUAUUAUGUCAGCCUCGAUGGCUGCCGUCGUCGAAUAUAGUCAUUUGGCACGGGUGUAGGUGCAGAAGUAAUGCGUACGCAGGGAUUGUCUUUACCGGUGCGCGAAGUUGCCAUCGACGUCACCAUGUGAGGACCCCUCCGUCGACCGAGAUCUUCGCGCUAAUGUCCUCGACCUCCCUCC